CUGCUCUCAAUGUCCCAGGUAGCAACGAUUAUGAUGAACAUGAUCGAGAGAUGCUUGCAUUUCCUUCCCGAAGCGAACGGACAAAAUUUAUCGAUGUUGACGAUAUUUUUUAGUCUCGGAUUAUUUUUAUAUUUUGUACUCGGUAAACCAGAAAACAAGAAAUUAUCAAAUAGGAAUUCGUACAGCAGAAACAUGGGGUCAUCGGCAGAUGAACCAGAUGUAUUGAUUGUGGGAUCAGGUGUGCUUGGAUCUGCCAUGGCAGCCACGCUCGGCAGAGAUGGGCGUCGUGUGACUAUUAUUGAACGAGACAUGAGUGAGCCAGACAGAAUUGUUGGAGAAUUACUACAACCAGGUGGUUUCCAAGUACUCAAAAAGUUAGGCCUAGGAGAUUGUGUGGAAGGCAUAGAUGCACAUGUGACGCAUGGAUAUAUAGUACAUGAUAGAGACACACAAAGCCAUGUUAAAUUAGACUAUCCAUUAGAUAACGAUAAACAGAUAAAAACAGGUAGAGCGUUUCAUCAUGGUAGUUUCAUUGCACAGUUAAGGAACGCUGCUAAAGAGCAGAAAACUGUCCGCUAUAUUGAAGCCACAGUAAAUAGAAUAGUUGAAGAAGAUGGCAGAGUGGUUGGUGUGACUUAUAAAGACAAACAAACUGAUGAAAUCAAGGAAAUCAGGGCCCCACUAACAAUCAUCGCUGAUGGAUGUUUUUCACGCUUUCGUAAACAUCUGGUGAAAUCCUCAACGAAGGUUACAUCGCAUUUUGUCGGAGCUAUCAUGAAGGACUGCCCCCAGUUUGUGGAUCAUUAUUCUGAAGUCAUUCUAACCAAUCCUUCACCUGUACUGGUCUAUCAAAUAGAAUCACAUGAGACAAGAGUAUUAGUGGAUAUACGAGGUGAUAUGCCCAAGGAUAUUAAAGAUUACUUAUUAAGACAUGUACAUCCUCAAAUGCCAGAUCAUCUGAGAGGACCAUUCAAAGAUGGCAUAGAGAAUGGGCGUAUACGUACUAUGCCGAAUAGUUUUCUACCUCCAGCACCAAUCGCAAAACCUGGCGUGUUGUUGCUCGGCGAUGCUUUUAAUAUGAGACAUCCGUUGACUGGUGGUGGAAUGACAGUAGCAUUCAGUGACGUACUCAUGUGGCAUGAAUUAUUGAAAGAUAUACCUGACUUGUAUGACACAGAAGCCAUGUCAAAAGCUCUUCAACGCUUUCACUGGCAGAGAAAGAAUAGUCAUAGUUUUGUUGUUAAUGUAUUAGCGCAGGCUUUGUAUGAGUUGUUUGCAGCCAACGAUGGUGAGACUUUUCACUUUUAUCUUGUAAUGCAUUUGAAUGGGGAAAUAAAUGCCCCUCUAGAUAUCCACUCGGUAUUGACACCAAGACCAGAGAUUCUGAUCGGUCAUUUCUUUGCUGUGGCAUUUUACGCAGUAUAUUUUGCAUUCAAAGACGAAUUGUGGUGGAGUAAACCGAGAGCUAUUUACAACUCUUGUUUGAUAUUUUACAAAGCUUGUCACGUUAUAUUUCCUCUCAUAUUCUCAGAAUUGUAUUCAGUCAUGAAAUACAAAAUUGUGUGA